AUGAAACCUGGACCCGACCAGAUAAUAGUCAAAACUCCUCUUCCCCAAUGUAGCCUCACACGGGCUCAUCAAGAAGCAAUCUUACACGGGUUCCUUCUAAUUUCCAGAUGCAUCUGCACACGGGCUCAUCAAGAAGCAGUCUUACACGGGUUCCUUCUAACUUCCAAAUGCAGCUCCACACGGGCUCAUCCUGAAGAAAUCUUACACGGAUUCCUUCUCACAAUUUCCAGAUGUAGCUUUACACGGGCUUAUCCUGAAGCAAUCUUACACGGAUUCCUUCUAACUUCCAGAUGCAGCUUCACACAGGCUCAUCCUGAAGCAAUAUUACACGGAUUCCUUCUCAUAAUUUCCAGACCUAGCUUUACACGGGCUCAUCCUGAAGCAAUAUUAUACGGGUUCCUUCUCAUAUCUCCAGACACAGCUUUACACGGGCUCAUCCUGAAGCAAUCUUACACGGGUUCCUUCUCACAAUUUCCAAACGUAGCUUUACACAAGCUCAUCCUGAAGCAAUCUUACACAGAUGUAGCUUCACACGGGCUCAUCCUGAAGCAAUCUUACACAGUUCUCUGUGUUGGUGUAGAUAAGAGUUCUUCUUUGAGAUUCUUGGAUUUUUCUUCCAAUGAUUUUGACGGUGCUAUUCAGACUGGUUUAGGUGCAUGUUCUAAGCUUGUGAGAUUUAGAGCAGGUUUCAAUCUACUAUCAGGGAAUAUCCCAAUUGAUGUUUAUGAUGUUGUUUCACUCAUUGAAAUAUCAUUGCCAUUGAAUAAAAUUGAUGGAACAAUUGGUGAUGGAAUUGUUAAUCUUGCAAAUCUCACAGUUUUGGAGCUUUACUCCAAUCAGUUGACAGGUUCUAUUCCUAAGGAUAUUGGUAAGCUUUUGAAAUUGGAAAAAUUGCUUCUUCAUGUCAACAAUUUGACUGGUACGAUUCCACCGUCUUUGAUGAAUUGUAACAAUCUCGUUCUGUUGAAUUUGAGGGUUAAUAGAUUGGAAGGAAAUCUAUCGGCAUUCAAUUUCUCCGGAUUGGUCAGGCUUGCUACGCUUGAUCUUGGUAACAAUAGGUUUACUGGUGUGUUACCGCCGACUCUUUAUGAUUGUAAGUCGCUUGCUGCAUUGAGGCUUGCGUCUAAUCAGAUUGAGGGACAGGUUUCGUUUGAGAUACUUGGACUCGAGUCUCUCUCGUUCUUGUCGAUUUCUGAUAACAAGCUGAAGAAUAUCACUGGUGCUCUUAGAAUACUCACUGGUCUCAAGAAGCUUAGUACCCUUAUGCUCUCCAAGAAUUUUUACUAUGAAGUGAAGCUUAGUACCUGGUCGCAAGUUCUCUGUUUUCUCUCCCUCUGUAUUUCAGAUGCUGAAGUUGUUCUCAUGUCAGAAGAAGUUGUUUCUCAUGCCCUUGAAACCAUUAUUGAAGAAGAACAUGUUGCACCAAAAGUUGAAAAAGUUAAUGACACAGAUACAUCUAGCCAUUAUGGUCUAGAUUCAGGAUUCUACAUGUCAUCUUUUACAGCAAUAAUUUUCGUUGUUUCCCUUGUCACUCUUGGAGUUUUACUUAUUACUUUGCUGGUUUCUUUGGUGAUUAUGCUGCAAUCAUGUCAAAGUAAAAGUACUGGAGUUAUUGAACUUGUGAAUAUGAAUAAUUACUACAGUUAUUGCAGGGUGUAUUCUCUGCAUGCUGAGAUCAAUAGGUUAGAGAGAUAUGAUCUUCCAAACAUAUGUAGAGAUCUGACUAUACAUUAUAUCAAAGGAGGGCAUUAUGCCAAAGAGUUGAAUUUAAUUGUGUCUAUGAUCGAUGAUUACUUCAAGAAUCUGAGACCUUCAGACAAUGGUUUGGAUGUGGUGUUGUUGGAUAUAGAUGAUAUUGUUCCUCCAAAUUCGUAUCAGAGGUUUCAUAGGGACGGCAUUAGCAACUGUGUCAAAGAGGCAAAACAUGUAAAGCUCAUGUUUGUUUUAAGAUUAUACAUGAACCUUCAAACUGAUGGGUGGCCUAUAAUUUUGGUAUCAAGAGAACCUGAAACGUACCAAAAUGUCACCAUUAAUCAUCUUGUUUCUACAGGAUUUAGAGGUUGGUCUUCCUUGAUGAUGAGAACAGAAGAUUCAGAGUCUACUAAAGGAAAUGAGUACUUUUCUAGGUAA